AUGUCUGAUAAGCCUGUUGUGCUAUGCCUUGGUGACUCCCAUACCUUAGGGGUGUGCGGGGCACCUUGGGUCCCAGGCCUCGCUGCAGCUCUUCCCAGGCUUCGAUACGUCAACACAGGCGUCAACGGUACUCAAGCAAAAAAUGUUCACUCACGUCUUGAGAAGCUGAUCCUUGGCGUGCGGGGAAAGUUGGCCGGGGUAACGCUCCUCAUCGGGACCAACGACUGCCUGCUCGCGCUGGCACAAGAAACCAACGACUUUUGGGGUCAGCAGCAUUACAUGUUAAACAACGGAUACACAGGUCCUGCCAAUGUCGAUACCUUUAGGAAGCAAUAUCGCGAGCUAACUGCCGACAUUGCGGAGCGUCUCCGACAGCGCGCGGCGGCCUCCGGCUCUGGCUCCGAGCCCAUAAAGCUGAUGAUAGUAACACUCCCCCCCAUAGGCGAAGCGCUGGAUGAUAAGGCCAACAAACGAGUGGAUGAGUACAAUACCGUUAUCCGUGAAGCGACGGCCGAGCUACAGCUGCAGCAGCAGGCGUUGGACACUGCCGAUGGCCUUCGUAUUAUACUUCUGGACCUGAGCGCGGCAUGCAAGGCCGCCAUCGAACGGGCUUUCGGAAAGGCCGCAGGCGAUGACGACGGCGGCAGCAGCGACGCCACCGGGGCUGUAGCAGCAGCGUUGCCGCCGCAACCACAACCGCUGAGGCUGCCGUCGCCUCAUUGGCGGGUUGGGCUUGGCGUCGCUACCUGCAUGGUGCGUCGCUAUGUUUUCGGUAUCAGCUACGAGCAACAGAGCAGACAGGCGGGCACCGUAGUUUUGGCGCCCGACUGCAUCCACCUAAACGAGACGGGCGCUCGGCUUCUGAUAGAUCUUGUGGAGGGACAGCUUCGGGCGCCAGCUGAUGAAACUGGACCUGGACCUGGCUCGAACCCUGCUGCUGGCACUAGGCCUGGCGCAGUGGGCGGCUAA